UCGGUAGGCCGGUCGAUCGCCAACGUCGUCUUCAGCGAAACUCGACAGAUCAGACCAGCGCCGGGGGGACAACUACCGUUGCCGCCGUCCAAGCCGUUCAGUCCAGUUCCUAUGCUGUGCGAUGGCCAUCGAGAGCUUGGCUGCCGAACCUCUAUCGAAGCCUUCGCCGCCGCUGUUGAACGAAUGUUUGCCUUAGUCCGUCCCUCCGUCUCGAAGCAAGCAAAUAUCGCUUCCUCCAGAAACGGCAAAGAUUAUUGA